AUGGGCAGUGGCCAGGGCAGCCCCCGAGGAGGGCGGGGGGCCGGGGGCCUCUCGGCAGCACCCGGGGGAGAAGCGGGCUUGGAUGGCCCUCCUGGGAAGACUGGCCCCAUUGGCCCCCAGGGGGCUCCCGGGAAGCCAGGGCCCGACGGCCUGCGAGGGAUCCCCGGCCCUGUGGGUGAACAAGGUCUUCCAGGAUCCCCAGGUCUGAUGGUCCACCAGGCCCCAUGGGUCCCCAGGACUGCCCGGCUCAAAGGAGACUCUGGUCCCAAAGGUGAAAAGGGCCACCCAGGCUUGAUCGGACUCAUCGGGCCUCCGGGCGAGCAGGGCGAAAAGGGCGACCGUGGCCUCCCCGGCCCCCAGGGCUCCUCCGGGCCCAAGGGAGAGCAGGGCAUCACUGGUCCUUCCGGCCCACUUGGCCCCCCGGGGCCCCCUGGUUUGCCGGGUCCGCCAGGUCCCAAAGGUGCUAAAGGCUCUUCGGGUCCAACCGGCCCGAAGGGAGAGACAGGACACCCUGGGCUCCCUGGGCCUCCCGGCCCCCCGGGCGAGGUCAUCCAGCCGCUGCCCAUCCACGCGUCCAGGACGCGCAGGAACAUCGACGCCAGCCAGCUCCUGGACGACGGGGCUGGGGAUGCCUACCUGGACUACGCCGACGGCAUGGAGGAGAUCUUCGGCUCGCUCAACUCUCUCAAGCUGGAGAUUGAGCAGAUGAAGCGGCCGCUGGGCACCCAGCAGAACCCCGCCCGCACCUGCAAGGACCUGCAGCUCUGCCACCCCGACUUCCCGGAUGGCGAAUACUGGGUGGAUCCCAACCAAGGGUGCUCCAGGGACUCCUUCAAAGUCUACUGCAACUUCACCGCCGGAGGGGCCACCUGUGUCUUCCCAGACAAGAAGUCGGAGGGGGCCCGAAUCACUUCUUGGCCCAAAGAGACCCCGGGUUCCUGGUUCAGUGAAUUCAAGCGCGGGAAACUGCUCUCCUACGUGGACGCCGAGGGCAACCCCGUGGGCGUGGUGCAGAUGACCUUCCUGCGGCUGCUGAGCGCCUCGGCCCGGCAGAACGUCACCUACAACUGCUACCAGUCGGUGGCCUGGCAGGACGCGGCCACGGGCGCCUACGACAAGGCCCUGCGCUUCCUGGGCUCCAACGACGAGGAGAUGUCCUACGACAACAGCCCCUACAUCCGGGCCCUGGUGGACGGCUGUGCCACCAAGAAAGGCUACCAGAAGACGGUUCUGGAGAUCGACACCCCCAAGGUGGAGCAGGUGCCCAUCGUGGACAUCAUGUUCAACGACUUCGGCGACGCGUCGCAGAAAUUCGGAUUCGAAGUGGGGCCGGCUUGCUUCGUGGGCUAGGAGCCGCCGAGCCCCGGUCUCCCUGCAACCUCGUGACCUCAGCACGCCGCUUUUGAGUGUCCCGGACGGUGAAGGCCUCUCGCCGCCGAAACCCGGGCCCCACGCCGGACCCCACGCGCCCGGAGAGCGAAGGGCGGGAGCCGUGUCCCCCGGAGCCGAAUCACAUGACCUAGCCACAGCACAGCCUCUCGGCGACGCCCACCGCCGACCCCGCCGCCCACGCCACGUGCCACAGGGAAGAGAGCGGCCCCCGCCCCGCCCCCCGCCUCCCCCAGCCCAGCCGUGGAUCACCGAUCGAUCGAUCGAUCGGGGACCCUUUGCCGGGGGUCGAGGCGGGGCUGCGGUAUUUGAAGAUCCCUUCUGGUAAAAUUCAACUUGAAGAUGUGCGUCUCCCCUGACCUUCAGAAAGAUGUUUCGAGGCGGGCUGGUAAAGGUCGCCGAGCCUCUCGUUUAACAACCCUCAACACGAUCCAUUUCGAGGCCAAAUGUCAUUCUUUGUGUGCCUUUCCGAUGGAUUAAAGGUGCUUAUGUGUUUGUGUGUGUGUGCGCGCGCGUGAGUUUUAAGUAAAUAUUUGUAUUGUAUUGUUAUAAAUGUUACGUGUGCCUGACUUUCAAUCACGUGCGUGGAAGCCCAGCCUCGCCCCUCAGCCCCACCCCACCCCCCCCACCCCCCGGGAGAGUGGGCAGAUGGGGGACGAGGCCAGCUCUCGGCGGCUCCCGGGUCGGCCUGUCAGUAACGUGCAAUAAAUUGGAAAUCCGCCUGGGUCAGCAAGAAGCCAGGCUGCCUCCGGAGGGCGCCAGGCCCCCUGCCUCCCGGUCGCCUUUUUUUUUUUUUUUUUUUUUUUUUAGCUUUGGAUACUUUUUUUUUUUUUGCCUUACAUCCAUUUAGAUGAAAACACAGCUUCGACGCGUGCCGACUGCUUCCUUUCUGUGCUUCUCGCCCGCUCGCCGGGCAGGGAACCCCCCCUCUGUGGGUAAUAACGAUGAACAUUGGUGCUGAGUCUCUGCCCCUCCUCUUCUCUCGUGGUGCUAUGUGUUCCGCAGCCUCCCGAAGGCGACACUGGGGUACCGAGCUCCCCCGCCCGGCCUCCUCCUUUGUCCUGGCCAAGAACCUUAAACUCAGUGCCCGCGGCCUUCUUUGCUGUGGUUUGUCAUCCCCCCCCCCCCCACGCGGCGGAGGUGGCCUGUCCCUCCGGAGGCCUCUCGCCGGCACUACCUGUGGCCACCUGCUUGGAAAACACACGCAGAACCAAGACUUCCUUCCUCAGACGCAACGCAGCGGACCGCAGCGGACAGCAGCGGACCGCAGCGGCCGGAAUGGCCGUGGUGCUAACUCUCUACGUUUGUUCCAAGGACCGGAUCGAAGCUCUCCGUGCCCUCUCAGCCAAGCGGCCUUGCGCGGGGCCGGACCGACGGAAAAAUGUGCAAUGGACUCGGGGUCUCGGGCCGGCACUCCGGUCCACGGACGCGGUUUGGGCUUGGCCUGUAGCUCUCCCGGGCGGGGGUGUCUGCGGUCCCCGCCGGUGGGAGGGGUCGGCCCGGUUCCCCCGGGGGUUGUUCCUUGCCCGGCUCUUCCGGGACACCGGGGAUGAGGACCGCCUUCUGUGUGGGGAGGAAGCCCCCGGCCCUUCACUGUGAACACCGCUCUGCCGCCCCUGCUCCACCGUGGGGAAGGCUCUCUGGUGCUGUCCCCCGCCCCAGCCGGGUUGCCCUGGGGGAAGUCAGCACAGCCCCCGGGGGUGACGGAAGGCCGCCGGUGCCAGCCGGGCUCGUUCUCGCCAAAGAAAAGUCUGGCUUGGAGAUUGUCCCCGGCCAGGGUCGCCGUGCGGGCCUCUCGAGGGCCUCUCGCGGGAGGGACGGGCCGUUCUGGAAGGAAGCCACGGGAGGCCUGUGGACUGUGUCUAGGUCAUGUGAUUCUGUUUCCACCUCUCACCCCAUGCAAUUUGUCCUUUCUGUCAUUGCCUCCCCCCCCCGCCCCCGUUGGUCCCCUCCAAGUUGUUGCAAUUUGUACCGAAGACCAAAAUAUGUCCUGUCCUCUCAGACCACUUUAGCUACAAUAUAUUGCAAUAAAAUUACUUCUUAUAUUUGCACAC